AUGGAACUCAAACUCCUUCUGGCCCUGGGUCUCACUGUCGUGCCCGCGGCCGCAGAGACCGUCCUCGGCAUCUACGUCUUCCACCGCCACGGCGACCGCACCGCCAAAAAGUGGCCCCCGGUCCGCUUCACCGACCUCGGUGCCUCCGAGACCUACAGCUCGGGUCUCUACUACGGCGAGCGCUACGUCCGCUCCAACGCCUCCGCUCAGAUCCGCUCUCUGAGCUCUGAAGAGGUCCUCCCGGAGCAGCUGUCCGUCACCUCCCCGACCGACUACGUCCUGCAGUCGUCCGCCUACGCCUGGUUGCAGGGCUUCUACCCACCGGCGGGCACCGUCAACAUCCUCGCCAACGGCACCAGCGUAGAGGCGCCCCUCGGCGGGUACCAGUACGUCCCCGUCAACGCCGUCAGCACGGCGGCGACCAGCCAGGACGCUGAGAACAGCGAGUGGCUCCAGGGCGGCAGCGGCUGCGGCAACGCCGUCGUCAGCUCCAACAACUACUUCGCGUCCCCCGAGUACCUCUCCGUCAAGGCCGAGUCCGCCGACUUCUACCAGGGCCUGCUGCCCGUCAUCAACGGCACCUUCAGCUCCGCCAAGGCCAACUUCGAGAACGCCUACACCAUCUUUGACCUGGUCAACGUCGCCACCAUCCACAACAGCAGCAUCCCCUCCUCGGACCUCCUGACCAACGACACCCUCCGCCAGCUCAAGUCGUACGCCGACGUCCACGAGUGGAACCUCGCCUACAACGAGACCGACCCCAUCCGCGCCAUCGCCGGCAAGGUGCUCGCCGGCCAGAUCCUGCAGGCGCUCAACUCGACGCUCAAGAACGCCGCCAAGGCCUCGUCCGCCAAGGCCAACAUCCAGUUCGGCGCCUACGCCACCUUCUCUUCCUUCUUCGGCCUUGCGCAGCUGCAGAAGGUGUCCGCCGACUUCCAGGGCGUCGUUGACUACGCCUCGUCCAUGGUCUUCGAGCUCGUCACCAACGCCACUGAUUCGUCUCCCGCCGCCGCAGACGUCUCCGUCCGCUUCCGCUUCGCCAACGGCCCCGCCGGCGAGAACUCGCUCACCGAGUACCCCCUCUUCGGCCAGUCCGAGACCCUGCUCCCCUGGAACACCUUCGUUAGCGAGAUGCGCCAGUUCGCCGUCGAGGACACCAAGGCAUGGUGCACUGCCUGCGGCAACUCCACCGGCACCUGCGCCACUGCCCUUGGUCUGGACGGCAACACUGACGCCAACAGCAACAACUCCAACAAGGAUAGCAACGGAAUCUCCACCCCCGUCGCCGGCGUCAUCGGUGCCCUCGUCACUCUCGUCGUCAUCCUCGGGAUCCAGGGUCUCGUCAUGGCCAUUGGAGGUCUGCGCAUGGUCAAGAAGUCCAAGCUGGCGAAGGAUGUUCCCGUCGUAGAGAGUGCCGAGACCGCGCGCACCAAGGCUUAG